UUGGUGCAGCCUUUUUGGAGUACAAUUUGGCGAACUACCAAAAUUUGAAACGAUUUCAAUGGAUAUUAUAAAGGGAAACCUAGAUGGAAUUUCAAAGCCAGCUUCACAUUCAAGAAUACGCCCUGGGAGCAGAAGUUCAAAUGCUUCUUUGGAGGUGCUCUCAACAGAACCAGGAUCCUUCAAGGUUGAUACUGCAAGCAACUUGAACUCUGGUAAAGAGGACCACUCCGAAAGCAGUAAUGCAGAGAACAGAAGAACUAGUAAUGAUGAUAAGCGCGAAAGCUGCUCUGAGAAAAUAAAAUUGGCUGAAGAGGGAUCAGAUGAAGAUCUGGAUUUGGUUCAACAUCAGAUAAUCCCUGAGUGUUCAGAUGAACACAAAUUAAAAGAAUUAGAUUCUCAACUUGAAGAUGCUGUUCACAAGAUGAAAAAACUUGAUAAAAUACUGGCAAAGAAACAACGCAGAGAAAAAGAAAUUAAGAAGCAAGGUCUAGAAAUGAGAAUAAAGCUGUGGGAAGAAAUUAAGUCUGCAAAAUAUAGUGAAGCUUGGCAAAGUAAAGAGGAGAUGGAAAAUACAAAAAAAUUUUUCUCUCUGACUGCUGCGUCUGAAGAAACUGUUGGUCCUUUUCAUGAGAAUCAAGACACCUUUGCCUCCGUGUUUCAUACUCAGAUCCCUCCAGAAGAAUAUGAAAAGCAGAUGCAGAAACUCAGUAAAGAUUUUACCUGUGAUGUGGAAAGAAAUGAGUCAUUGAUCAAAGCAGGAAAGAAACCUUUCUCAAAUACAGAAAAGAUUGAGCUCAGGGGUAAACACAACCAGGAUUUUAUUAAGAGAAACAUUGAGUUGGCCAAGGAAUCAAGACACCCAGUGGUUAUGAUUGAGAGAGAGAAGAAAAGGCUGGUUGAACUUUUGAAGGACUUGGAUGAGAAAGAUUCCGGGCUCUCCAGUUCUGAGGGUGAUCAGUCUGGCUGGGUGGUCCCAGUAAAAGGAUAUGCACUGGCAGUCACCCAGCAUCAGCAGCUUGCUGAAAUUGAUAUAAAACUCCAGGAACUCUCUGCAGCCUUCCCAACAAUUUCCAGCUUUUCUCCAAGACUUGAAAAUCAGAAUAAUCAGGAACCUGACUUUGAUGGUGAAAGAAAUAUGGAAGUAACUCCAGGAGAAAAGGUACUCAGGAACACCAAACAGCAACGGGAUCUGCAUAAUCGGCUGAGAGAGAUUGAUGAAAAGCUGAGAAUGAUGAAGGAAAAUGUGAUUUUUUACAGACCACAGAACCUCCAUCUUCACGCCAGCCCAACACAGAAGACACGUGUUGAAGAUCCCAGAGACAGAGUUCUGAGGAUACCUUCUCUACGGUUGUGAAGUUUAGAUGAUAUCAAGCAAAGUAUUUAAAGUUCUAGAGACCCCUGCGGGCAUACUUACAGUCCACAUCGCGUCUCUCUGAAGAACAGUUAAAGUGUCUUCUGGAUGAAUGCAUAGUUAAACAAAAAUCCAUCGUUAAACUUUCUUCAGAAAGAGAAAAUGAAGACAUUGAGGAUGUAACACCUAUGUUCCCCCAGCUUUCCAGGUCCAUCAUCUCUAAAUUACUAAAUGAAUCAGGAACAAAGGUCCAGAAAACCGAGGCAGAAGAUGCAGAUAUGCUUGAGAGUGCAGAAUGUGAAGCUUCUAAAGGCUACUAUCUCACUAAAGCCUUGACUGGACAUCGCAUGUCAGAAGCUCUUGUCACUGAAGUAGAGAAUAUGAAAUGCCUUCAAUUUUCCAAGGAUGAUAUUAUUAGUGACACAAAAGACUAUUUUAUGUUGAAGACUCUUGGCAUUGGGAGACUGAAAAGGCCCUCCUUCUUGGAUGAUCCACUGUAUGGUAUCAGUGUGAGCCUUUCAUCAGAAGACCAACAUCUGAAACUCAAUUCUCCAGAGAAAACAAAAGCAGAUGAGCGGGAGACUAAAGAUGCAGCAGAAGAAUGUAAAGAACCCUAAUCAAGGACUUGCUGGGUGUGCUUUUAAGAAAGUUGGUAAUUAAGUUAAAUUACAUUUUUGAUGGAAUUAUUUGAAUUCAAUGAAUGCAUUGUAGAGACUAUUCUUUACUGAUUUUGACAUUUGGAGUCGCUCUUUGUGGAUUAUAUUUCCUUGAUACUUUUGAGACUUGGGGUGUAAUUGUUCAAGGGUUUUUGCUCAUUAAAAUUUCUGGGACCAUUGUUUAUAAA